AUGAUUGAUAAUGUAAGGAAUGGUCAGAAGUCCAACUCCACAUUCAGUAAAGUUGGGUGGAAUAACAUUAAAGCAGGACUAGAAGCAACUUUCCAACGUCCAUUUCGAAAAGAGCAGCUGUGUAAUAAGAUGAAUAAGCUACGAGGUGACUAUAAUAGUUUCAGGCGGUUGCUCGAAACUACGGGAUUUGGAUGGGAUUCAAAUACCAGGACUGCUACAGCUGCAGAUUCUGUUUGGGAAAAUGCUAUAAAGGCAAAUCCAAAUUGGACCGAAUUCCGAAAGAGUGGACUUCCAUGGUGGCCAGAGUUGUUAGAGGUCUUCUCAGACUCAAGUGCUCGAGGAGAUAGAGGAGUAUCUCAGCAUACUGCUGGGAAGCAAAAGUCCAUUGACAUUGAUCUUGAUUGUGAGGAUGAGAAUGAUACACAUGACUCCCCUGAAGAUGUAGUAGGUCUGGAUGAUAUAGAGCCUACAGAUGUUGAUGAAGUGGUCAGUCGUUCUACAACAAAGCGGAAGCAUGAUAGAACUCCCACAGACCGAAGGAAGAAGAGUACCACAAAAAUCAUUACCAAAUCUGCACAUGACUUCAGCUCAUAUGUGGCCUGGAAAAUGGAACGGGGGGGUAGUAGUACUCCCACUUCCAGACCAGUUCUUCCAACUGUCAAUAAUCUAGUGGAUGGAAUGUACAGCAUCAAAGCAUGUCAGGCACAAGUAGUUAGGUGGCCACCAAUCCGAUCAUACAGGAAGAACAAUUUUCAACCCAAGAAGACAGAGGCUGAAGCCGCUGGGAUCUAUGUGAAAGUGAGCAUGGAUGGAGCUCCUUAUCUCAGAAAGAUUGAUCUCAAGUUCGACAAGGGAUACCCAGAGCUCCUCAAGGCCUUAGAGGACAUGUUCAAGUUUAAGAUAGGUGAGUACUCAGAAAGAGAACGAUACAAUGGUUCAGAGUAUGCAUCAACUUAUGAAGAAAAAGAUGGUGACUGGAUGUUGGUUGGAGAUGUUCCAUGGAAUAUGUUCAUCUGCUCCUACAAGAGACUCAGAAUCAUGAAAGGAUCAGAGGCCAGAGGCAUGGGUUGUGCAUAA